AGCAGCUCCGCCGGCCCAAGGCCUCAUCUCGCCCUCCGGGCGCGGAGCGCGACCGUGCGCUCGAUGGCUCGCGCGCUGUCGCCCGGCGAGGCCGCCGCGCCCUCGGCGCCGGUGCCGAUCUCGCCGCCGCCGUGGCUGAGCGAGUCCUUCCCGCGCCGGGAGAGUGGGAGUCGCUGCGCUCGUGCCGGCUGCGGGUCGACGAGGAGACACAGGCGCGGGGCUGGACGUCGAGGAGUGUGCGAGCGGUGUCCACAUCGAUGCCGUCUCGCCCAGCCAUUGCCAGGACCCGCUGCUGAGGCCGGGGGACCCAUGGUCCUCGUUUUCUUUCCCUCCGCCAUCUGCGGCGAGCCGCUGAUGGGGCUGCCCGACAACGCGGUGGGGGCCGUCUUUGGCCGCCGCUUCGCGGACGGCGCCGAGCUGCUGCUUCUGAGCUCCGCCGAGCUGCGGCGGGCCGAGAUCGAGCGGGAUGCCGCCGGCGAGUGCCCCUGCGAGGAGCCCGGCGAGCCCGAGGACCCCACGAGGGUGGAGGACCUCGCCAAUUACGACCUGCUGCGAAGGACAAAGAGCUCUACCGAGUACGACGCCGUCGUCCGUAUUCCCGUCGGGCGCUCGGCGGUCUGGAGACUUAGCGCUGACGUGAUGGCGCUCCUGGAGAACGACCUCACAGUCUUGGGGGGCAAGUUUGGCGUCAGCGCCAAGCCUCAGCUGAAUAGGGACGGUGACGUCCAGUGCGUCGUCGUCUCUGGCCUGUCCACCGCGAUCGCAUCAGCGCGGUCGGAGGUGGUGCAGGUCCUGCAGUUCUACCGCCAGGGCCAGGGCCUCCCUGGGGCGGCCACCGGGCCCGCCGACCGGAGCAGCUGGGCCGAGGACCGGCCGCGAGAGGAGGCGCGGGCGGCCGGUGCGGCUGUGGCCUGCGGCGUGCGUGUGGAGGUGCCCGAGCACGUCGAGGACCUUCGCCAGUUUGAGUACCACGACCACACCGCGGACAUCAUAGUCCACGCCUGGGGCCGGACACGAGCAGAGGCCUUCGCGCAGGUCUGCGUCGGGAUGUUCAACUAUAUGACCGACCUCGACAGGGUCGACAUCGCCCGAUCCGUGGACGUGGAGGCUACGGGACACGAUCUGCUGGACCUGCUGUACCAUCUCCUCGAUGAGUUCUUAUAUGUGUUCGGGUCCGAGUUGCACGUCAGCCGCCGUAUCGAGAUCCUCGAGUUCGACGAAGUGGGUCUGCGGAUUCGAGCCAGGGGCUACGGAGAAAAAAUGGACUUAGGGAAACACGAACAAGGGACCGAGAUCAAGGCAGUCACCAUGCACAUGAUGAAGAUUGUAGGACCAGAUGGUAUUAUGACCGAAGGAGGCACCAUGCAAGAUGUGUCUAAUGAGAAGUUAAGAGAAGGAUUUCCGUACGCGGUUACUACCUUAUUGGAUAUAUGAGCUCGCAACAAAA